AUGGGAAAAAGGCUACCCAGCCUUUUGAUACUAUGGCUGGCACUCUGUUAUGCAAGUGAAAUUAAAAAAGGAAGAGAUCCUAAUCAUGGCCACUAUGUCUGCAGUACCUGGGGGAACAACCAUUUCAAAACUUUUGAUGGUGAUUUCUACCAGUUUCCUGGCCUCUGUGAUUACAACUUUGCUUCCGACUGUCAAGAGUCUUAUAAAGAGUUCUCUGUCCACAUCCAGCGUGAACUGAAUGACCAAGGGCACCCUGACAUCCAAUAUGUUCUUGUCACAGUAAAAGAUGUUGCAAUCUACUUCACUCACAAAAUGGUUGUGGUGGAUGGGCAAAUUGUAAGGACACCAUACUAUAGUUCUGGUAUCUUGAUUGAAAAGACUGAUAUAUACACCAAGAUGUAUGCCAGAGUUGGGAUGGUUCUAUUGUGGAACAGAGAAGAUGCCUUGAUGUUUGAGCUUGAUGCCAAAUUUAAUAAUAAGACAUGUGGUCUUUGUGGAGAUUACAAUGGCCAGCCAAUCUACAAUGAAUUUCUCUCCAAUGGCUUGAAAUACAAUCCAAUCACAUUUGGAAACCUACAGAAGAUUAAUAAGCCUAAUGUAGUAUGUGAAGAUCCCGAUGAGACACAGACUGUUCCUCUCUGUGACCAGCAUCGGGAAGAGUGUGAGGCAUUGCUGACUGCUCCUGCUUUUGAGGACUGUAAGUCCCGCCUGAAUCUGGAACAGUAUAUUCAAGCAUGCAUGCAGGACAAAUGUGCUUGCCAGCAAGUUGAGGACUCCUUCUGCCUCUGCAGUACUGUUUCAGAAUACUCACGUCAGUGUUCACAUUCAGGUGGCAAGCCUCAGAAUUGGAGGACAUCACAGUUUUGUCCUAAGUCUUGCCCUGGGAACAUGAUCUAUAUGGAAAGUGGCUCACCCUGUAUGGACUCCUGUUCACAUCUGGAGAUCAGUAGCCUAUGUGAAGAACACUACAUGGAUGGGUGCUUUUGUCCUGAAGGCACAGUAUAUGAUGAUAUAACUGGCAAAGGUUGUGUAGCAACAAGUCAGUGCUCUUGCAAGCUUCAUGGGAAUUUAUAUUCCCCCGGGCAAAACAUCACCAAUGAGUGUGAAAACUGCACCUGCCAGUCAGGUAGGUGGAUAUGCCAGGAUUUACCCUGUCCAGGUACAUGUGCUCUGGAAGGAGGAGCUCACAUCACCACCUUUGAUGGGAAGAAAUACACCUUUCAUGGAGACUGCUAUUAUGUGCUGACCAAGAGCAGUAAAAAUGACUCAUAUGUCCUCUUGGGAGAGCUGGGCCCCUGUGGUUCGACAGACAAACAGACAUGUUUAAAGAUGGUCGUUCUGUUAACAGACCACAAGCAAAAUAUUGUGGUUUUCAAACCAGAUGGUACUGUGUUACUGAACGAGAAUGAGGUCCACUUGCCACAUGUAUCAGCUAGCUUUUCAGUUUUCCAGCCAUCUUCCUACCAUAUUAUUGUAGAGACAAAGCUUGGCUUGAAGCUGCAGAUCCAGUUGGUUCCAAUCAUGCAGCUGUUUGUCAUUGCGGAUCAAUCUGUCAAGGGAGUAGUCCAAGGUCUUUGUGGAAAUUUCAAUGGAAUAGAAGGUGAUGACUUCAAAACAUCAGGUGGAAUGGUUGAAGCAACGGGGUCUGCCUUUGCUAACACAUGGAAAGCACAGUCUAGCUGUACUGACAAGGUGGAUAAACUGGAACACCCUUGCACUCUUAACCUUGAAAAUGAAAAUUAUGCAGAACAUUGGUGCUCUUUAUUGAAAAGUUCAGAAGGUCCUUUUGCCAGAUGCCACUCAGCCAUUGAUCCAGCAGAUUAUUACAAGCGGUGCAAGUAUGAUACCUGUAGCUGUCAUGCCAAUGAAGAAUGCUUGUGUGCGGCCCUGUCAUCUUAUGCGAGAGCCUGUGCCUUCAAAGGGGUCAUGCUGUGGGGAUGGAGAAAUGUUGUCUGCAACAAUGAAGUGUCUUCCUGCCCAGCUACCCAGGUCUUUCGUUACAAUCUGACUGUCUGCCAGCAGACCUGCCGCUCACUUUCUGAAGGCGAUAAGCAUUGCUUGCAGGGCUUCAUUCCUGUAGAUGGUUGUGGCUGUCCCGACAGUAGCUAUCUGAAUGACAAGGGUGUCUGUGUGCCAAUUGAUCAGUGCCCGUGUUAUUACAAAGGUUCAUUCAUAAAACCUGGUGGAGAUAUCAUGAAACAGGAAGAGCACUGUGUUUGCCAUAGUGGAAAACUUAAAUGUGUACCAGUGGCAAUACCAGAUCAUGACUGCUCACCCAAUAAGACAUAUUUUGACUGCAACAAAAUUGACUCUUGGUCUUCCCAAACACCAGUGCAGCUUAGCUGCCAAACCCUGGGUACUGCUCACUUCCAGACAGAGUGUAUCUCAGGAUGUGUAUGCCACGAUGGAUUGAUUGAUGAUGGCAGAGGGGGAUGUGUUAAAGAAGAGAACUGCCCAUGUAUUCAUAACAAAGAGUUUUAUGCCCCUGGAGAGAGAAUAGAUGUGGACUGCAAUGAAUGCACUUGUCAAAAUGGAAACUGGGCUUGUACCAAAUUUGUAUGUUAUGGGACAUGUAUCAUUUAUGGAAGUGGCCAUUAUAUCACCUUUGAUGGAAAAUACUAUGACUUUGAUGGAAAAUGUGAAUACGUAGCUUCCCAGGAUUACUGUGGCCUCGAACAACACCAGGGAUCAUUUAGUAUCAUCACAGAGAAUGUCCCAUGUGGAACCACUGGAGUUACCUGCUCCAAAGCCAUUAAAGUAUUCCUCGGGAGAACUGAGCUAAAACUGGAAGACAAACAGAAAGUAGAAAUUACCCGGGACAGUGGUAACCACGUGAGAUACUGGACUCGUAAUAUUGGACUGUACCUUGUUAUUGAAGCUAGCAAUGGUGUUAUGCUCAAUUGGGACAAGAAGACUACUAUUUUCAUCAAGCUGACACCAAACUAUAAAGGCAAAGUUUGUGGUUUAUGUGGCAACUUUGAUGACAAGGCUAAUAAUGACUUCACAACAAGAAGCCAAGUUCAAGCAAGCAAUGCACUGGAUUUUGGAAAUUCAUGGAAGAGGGAUAGUGCAUGUCCUGAUAUAGACGCAGACAUCGAGCCCUGUGACCAAAAACCUCACCGUAAAUCCUGGGCAGAGAAGGAGUGCAGCCUCAUUAAAAGUGAAGUUUUUGCAGUAUGUCAUCCCAAGGUAGAUCCAAAGCCAUUUUAUGAAGCUUGUGUUCAUGAUGCAUGUGCCUGUGAUUCUGGUGGGGACUGUGAAUGCUUCUGUACUGCAGUUGCUGCCUAUGCACAAGAAUGUAUCAAAGCUGAAGCUUGUGUAUUCUGGAGGACUCCUGAUAUAUGCCCAAUCUUUUGUGACUACUACAAUCCGACGGAUAUAUGUGAAUGGCACUAUGAGCCUUGUGGACGUGACAUUAUGACUUGCAAGAUGCUGAACAACAUUGCCACCAACUUUUCAGUGCCAUAUUUGGAAGGUUGCUACCCUCGAUGUCCUCCAGAGAAGCCUAUCUUCAAUGAAGAGACCUUCACCUGUGUGACUGAGGAUCUAUGUGGCUGCUAUGUUGGGGACACACACUAUGAAAAUGGCAGUGUAGUACCCACAGAUCAGCUAUGUAUGGACUGUAUCUGCCUUGAAACAGGACAAGUGAACUGUGAAUAUGAUAAAGGAGACAUCAUUUCAGUUGAGAGAAAUGGAUCAUUCUGUUUCAACUUAACAUGUGGAGAAAAUGGCGCAAUAGAGUAUACAAAUGUAUCCCUCUGUGUGUCAAGUACAACUACAGUUCCCACCACUACCAUUUCAAUGACAACUUCCUCUACUACCUUUACCACAACCUCAGUAUCUUCAACAACCUUUACCACAACAUCAGUAUCUUCAACAACUAAAUGCUAUGAAAUCUGCCAGUGGAGUCAGUGGUAUGAUGUUAGCUUUCCCAAAGACGAGCCAGGUGGUGGUGACUAUGAAACUUAUGAAGCCAUAAGAAUCAAAGAUGAAAGUUUUUGUUCAGCCCCCCAAAAUAUAGAGUGCAGAGCUAAAGAUUCACCUGAACAAAGUCUGGAAGAACUGGGACAGAAAGUAGAAUGUAAUGUUACUUAUGGGCUCAUUUGUAGAAAUGAAGACCAGGACAAGAGCCUGUGGAACCUUUGCUAUAACUAUGAGAUAAGAGUCAACUGCUGUUAUUGUGGUACCCCAUCCACCACUACAAUCACCACUACCACACUACCUACCACUACAACCACACCAAGUACCACUGCACCAACUACUACUUCUAUUCCUACCACAACUACUACCCAAACAACUUCAGCAGUGUGUACACCCAGUACUGAAAUCUGUGAAUGGUCUGAGUGGAUAGAUGUGAGUUACCCACUUCAUGGCCCACAAGGUGGUGACUAUGAAACAUAUGACAUUAUCAGAGGACAUGGCAUAGAGGUCUGUGGCAACCCUCUGAAUAUAUCUUGCCGAGCAGUGAAAUUUCCUGAGCUCUCCUUCCAACAGCUGCAGCAAAACGUGGAAUGUGAUGUUUCAACUGGGCUUGUCUGUAACAAUAAAGACCAGGUUCCAGGGCCUGUGAUGCCUGAUUCUGCUUGUCUCAACUAUGAGAUCAGUAUAUACUGCUGUAGAAUUAUAUGUACAACAAUUACUACUAGUACUGCACCAUCUUCCACAACUACUACUACAACUACACCAUCUACCACAACUACUGCUACUACUACACCAUCUACCACCUCAGAAUCAACAACAAGCACGACUACCUCCCUGCCUACCACAACCACCACUGCAACGCCCACCCCAACCACUCCAACAUCAACCACCCCCACUCCAGAAACACCAACUACUACCACCACAUCACCACCUACCACAACAACCACCUCGACUCCAACACCAAGCACUCCUUCCACCACUUCAGAAUCAACCACAAGUACUGUGACUACAACUACACCAUCUACCACAACUACUGCUACUACUACACCGUCUACAACCUCAGAAUCAACAACAAGCACGACUACCUCCCUGCCUACCACAACCACCACUGCAACGCCAACCCCAACCACUCCAACGUCAACCACCCCCACUCCAGAAACACCAACUACUACCACCACAUCACCACCUACCACAACAACCACCUCGACUCCAACACCAAGCACUCCUUCCACCACUUCGGAAUCAACCACAAGUACUGUGACUACAACUACACCAUCUACCACAACUACUGCUACUACUACACCGUCUACCACCUCAGAAUCAACAACAAGCACGACUACCUCCCUGCCUACCACAACCCCCACUGCAACGCCAACCCCAACCACUCCAACGUCAACCACUCCCACUCCAGAAACACCAACUACUACCACCACAUCACCACCUACCACAACAACCACCUCGACUCCAACACCAAGCACUCCUUCCACCACUUCAGGAUCAACCACAGCAGUGUGUACACCCAGUACUGAAAUCUGUGAAUGGUCCGAGUGGAUAGAUGUGAGUUACCCACUUCAUGGCCCACAAGGUGGUGACUAUGAAACAUAUGACAUUAUCAGAGAACAUGGCAUAGAGGUCUGUGGCAACCCUCUGAAUAUAUCUUGCCGAGCAGUGAAAUUUCCUGAGCUCUCCUUCCAACAGCUGCAGCAAAACGUGGAAUGUGAUGUUUCAACUGGGCUUGUCUGUAACAAUAAAGACCAGGUUCCAGGGCCUGUGAUGCCUGAUUCUGCUUGUCUCAACUAUGAGAUCAGUAUAUACUGCUGUAGAAUUAUAUGUACAACAAUUACUACUAGUACUGCACCAUCUUCCACAACUACUACUACAACUACACCAUCUACCACAACUACUGCUACUACUACACCAUCUACCACCUCAGAAUCAACAACAAGCACGACUACCUCCCUGCCUACCACAACCACCACUGCAACGCCCACCCCAACCACUCCAACAUCAACCACCCCCACUCCAGAAACACCAACUACUACCACCACAUCACCACCUACCACAACAACCACCUCGACUCCAACACCAAGCACUCCUUCCACCACUUCAGAAUCAACCACAAGUACUGUGACUACAACUACACCAUCUACCACAACUACUGCUACUACAACACCGUCUACAACCUCAGAAUCAACAACAAGCAUGACUACCUCCCUGCCUACCACAACCACAACCACCACUGCAACGCCAACCCCAACCACUCCAACGUCAACCACCCCCACUUCAGAAACACCAACUACUACCACCACAUCACCACCUACCACAACAACCACCUCGACUCCAACACCAAGCACUCCUUCCACCACUUCGGAAUCAACCACAAGUACUGUGACUACAACUACACCAUCUACCACAACUACUGCUACUACUACACCGUCUACCACCUCAGAAUCAACAACAAGCAUGACUACCUCCCUGCCUACCACAACCACCACUGCAACGCCAACCCCAACUACUCCAACGUCAACCACUCCCACUCCAGAAACACCAACUACUACCACCACAUCACCACCUACCACAACAACCACCUCGACUCCAACACCAAGCACUCCUUCCACCACUUCGGAAUCAACCACAGGUACUGUGACUACAACUACACCAUCUACCACAACUACUGCUACUGCUACACCAUCUACCACCUCAGAAUCAACAACAAGCACGACUACCUCCCUGCCUACCACAACCACCACUGCAACGCCAACCCCAACCACUCCAACGUCAACCACCCCCACUCCAGAAACACCAACUACUACCACCACAUCACCACCUACCACAACAACCACCUCGACGCCAACACCAAGCACUCCUUCCACCACUUCGGAAUCAACCACAAGUACUGUGACUACAACUACACCAUCUACCACAACUACUGCUACUACUACACAGUCUACCACCUCAGAAUCAACAACAAGCACGACUACCUCCCUGCCUACCACAACCACAACCACCACUGCAACGCCAACCACAACCACUCCAACGUCAACCACCCCCACUCCAGAAACGCCAACUACUACCACCACAUCACCACCUACCACAACAACCACCUCGACUCCAACACCAAGCACUCCUUCCACCACUUCAGAAUCAACCACAAGUACUGUGACUACAACUACACCAUCUACCACAACUACUGCUACUACUACACUAUCUACCACCUCAGAAUCAACAACAAGCACAACUACCUCCCUGCCUACCACCACUCCAACGCCAACCCCAACCACUCCAACAUCAAUGACACCCACUCCAGAAACAUCAACUACCACCACCACAUCACCACCUACCACAACAACUACCUCAGCUCCACCACCAAGCACUACUUCCACCACUUCGGGAUCAACCACAGGAAUGCCUGUCUCAACUACAACACCUACACCAAGUACAACAACCACCACUGCUACUACUACUAUAACAACUACUACAAGUAAAACUACAGCUAUAACAACAACAAUACCAUGCACAACUGAGGAAACAGAAUCAUGGACACCAGAGACUUCAACGGUCAUAACAACGACACCAACAAAGCAUUCCAGUACUACAUCAACCACCCCAACAACCACCACUUCUACUCAGACACCAAGUACAACUACAGCAUUCCCUACCACCACCCCAUUUGAAACCUCAACCACCACUUUGCCCACAACAACGCCUACUGAGACAUCAACCACAACCACAUCAACAGCCCCCCCAUUCACCACUACAGAGACUACAUCAACCACCCCAACAACAACAACCACUUCUACUCAGACACCAAGUACAACUACAGCAUCUCCUACCACCACCCCAGUUGAAACCUCAACCACAACUUUGCCCACAACAACGCCUACUGAGACAUCAACCACAUCAACAGCCACUCCAUUCACCACUACAGAGACUACAUCAACCACCCCAACAACAACAACCACUUCUACUCAGACACCAAGUACAACUACGGCAUCUCCUACCACCACCCCAUUUGAAACCUCAACCACAACUUUGCCCACAACAACACCUACUGAGACAUCAACCACAACCACAUCAACAGCCACUCCAUUCACCACUACAGAGACUACAUCCACAACUACAUCAACCACGCCAGCAACAACAACCACUUCUACUCAGACACCAAGUACAACCACAGCAUCCCCUACCACCACCCCAGUUGAAACCACAACCACAACACUGCCCACAACAACGCCUACUGAGACAUCAACCACAACCACAUCAACAGCCACUCCAUUCACCACUACAGAGACUACAUCCACAACUACAUCAACCACACCAGCAACAACAACCACUUCUACUCAGACACCAAGUACAACCACAGCAUCCCCUACCACCACCCCAGUUGAAACCACAACACUGCCCACAACAACACCUACUGAGACAUCAACCACAACCACAUCAACAGCCCUCCCACACACCACUACAGAGACUACAUCAACCACCCCAACAACAACAACCACUUCUACUCAGACACCAAGUACAACUACGGCAUCUCCUACCACCACCCCAUUUGAAACCUCAACCACAACUUUGCCCACAACAACACCUACUGAGACAUCAACCACAACCACAUCAACAGCCCUCCCACACACCACUACAGAGACUACAUCAACCACCCCAACAACAACAACCACUUCUACUCAGACACCAAGUACAACUACGGCAUCUCCUACCACCACCCCAUUUGAAACCUCAACCACAACUUUGCCCACAACAACACCUACUGAGACAUCAACCACAACCACAUCAACAGCCACUCCAUUCACCACUACAGAGACUACAUCCACAACUACAUCAACCACGCCAGCAACAACAACCACUUCUACUCAGACACCAAGUACAACCACAGCAUCCCCUACCACCACCCCAGUUGAAACCACAACCACAACACUGCCCACAACAACGCCUACUGAGACAUCAACCACAACCACAUCAACAGCCACUCCAUUCACCACUACAGAGACUACAUCCACAACUACAUCAACCACACCAGCAACAACAACCACUUCUACUCAGACACCAAGUACAACCACAGCAUCCCCUACCACCACCCCAGUUGAAACCACAACACUGCCCACAACAACACCUACUGAGACAUCAACCACAACCACAUCAACAGCCCUCCCACACACCACUACAGAGACUACAUCAACCACCCCAACAACAACAACCACUUCUACUCAGACACCAAGUACAACUACGGCAUCUCCUACCACCACCCCAUUUGAAACCUCAACCACAACUUUGCCCACAACAACACCUACUGAGACAUCAACCACAACCACAUCAACAGCCCUCCCACACACCACUACAGAGACUACAUCAACCACCCCAACAACAACAACCACUUCUACUCAGACACCAAGUACAACUACGGCAUCUCCUACCACCACCCCAUUUGAAACCUCAACCACAACUUUGCCCACAACAACACCUACUGAGACAUCAACCACAACCACAUCAACAGCCACUCCAUUCACCACUACAGAGACUACAUCCACAACUACAUCAACCACCUCAGCAACAACAACGACUUCUACUCAGACACCAAGUACAACCACAGCAUCCCCUACCACCACCCCAGUUGAAACCCCAACUUCAACCACAGCAUCAUCUACAAAAUUCCACGAGGUUUUGUCACCCAAACCUGGUGAAUUUUGGUGGAUAUGCAAUUGUACCCAGGCCAUAUGCGUUGAAAAUGACACAUGGCACGUGGUUCCUGUAGAAUGUGUACCACCACCUGAGCCCCAGUGUUCCAAUGGGCUUGCCCCUGUGCAAGUGAUAGAUGACAAUGGGUGCUGUUGGCACUGGGAAUGUGAUUGCUACUGCACAGGCUGGGGAGAUCCUCAUUAUAAGACGUUUGAUGGCUUGUACUACAGUUACCAAGGAAAUUGUACCUAUACCCUGGUGGAGGAGAUUAACAAAAAUAUAGACAAUUUUGGGGUCUAUAUAGACAACUAUCAUUGUGACCCACGAGAACCAGUCUCCUGUCCACGCACGCUCAUUGUGAGGCAUGAGACACAGGAAGUGCGCAUAACAACAGUCAGAGAGGUCCCCUUGAAAGUACAGGUGCUUGUAAAUGGGCAGACAGUGGCUCUGCCUUACAAAAAAUAUGGUUUGAAAGUUUAUGAGUCAGGUGUAAAUCAAGUGGUGGAAAUUCCUGAACUUAAGAUGAAUGUGACCUACAAUGGAAUGGCCUUCACAAUUAGACUGCCCUAUCAACUAUUUGGUAAUAACACCCAGGGACAAUGCGGCACGUGCACCAACAAUACAGCAGAUGACUGUAGGUUACGCAAUGGAACUCUUGCCUCUACCUGUGAAGUAAUGGCAGAUAACUGGAUUGUUAAUGACCCAUCAAAGCCCCAAUGCAUUCCACUCCUCCCACCUUCAGGACCACCAACAAUCCCACCUUUGCACCCCUGCAAACCUUCUCCUCUCUGUGAGCUCCUACAAGAAAGUGUAUUCAAGAAGUGUCAUGAGGCUGUUGAUCCCCGGCACUACUAUGCAGCCUGCUUAUUCGAUAGCUGCCGCAUUCCUGACCGUAACAUAGAAUGUGCAACUCUUCAGAUCUAUGCAGCAACCUGUGCAGAUCAAGGUGUCUGCAUUGACUGGCGAAAUGACACCAAUGGUUUAUGUCCUAUCCAGUGCCCAUCUGGGAAAAAUUACAAGGCAUGUGGUCCAUCUGUAGAGGAGACUUGUAAAUCAGGUAGCUUAACAGGAGUUAAUGAAACACAAGUGGAAGGUUGUUUCUGCCCUGCCGGGACAACACUUUAUGACUCUGGUGUGGAUAUUUGUGUUGAAACCUGUGGAUGUGUUGGACCAGAUAAUAUACCAAGGGCGUUUGGAGAGACCUUUCAGUUUGACUGCAAGGACUGCGUCUGCCUGGAAGGAGGUGCUGGCAUUGUCUGCGAGAACCAUAAAUGCCCUCCAGCACUAGAUGAGCCUGAGUGUGAAGCAGAAGGAUUCCAUAAGAUCUCUGAAGUCAAUCCUGAUGACAAAUGCUGUUCUAAAACAACUUGUGUAUGUAAUGUCAGUGACUGCACAAUCAGACCCCCUACAUGUGAACUAGGGUUUGAAGCUGUGUCUCAUACUCCUCCAAGUCGCUGCUGUCCUGUUUAUCAAUGUGGUCCCAAAGGGGUUUGUGUGCAUAACGGUGCUGAAUACAAGCCUGGUUCAAAAGUCUUAGGGGGCGAGUGCCAGGACUGUGUGUGUACUUACCAAAAGAACAUCACUACUAAUCUGAACAUUAUUGACUGCGACCACAUUCCAUGCAACACGUCAUGUGAACCACCUGGUGCCCACCGGAAUGAUCCAAAUGAUAACUGCACUAUUUAUUCCUGUGUGAGCAUCAACAGACAGUUAAUCUCCUCUACUUCCACAAUUAACUGUCCACCCCUUAAUGAGAAUAGAUGCCAACCUGGUACUGUUACUUAUUCGCCUAAUGGCUGCUGUAAAACAUGCAUUUUUAAGGAAACACCAACACCACCACCAUGCUCUCUGACCGUGACAAAUGAGUAUAUCACUUACAAUGGAUGCACGUCUGUAGAACGGGUCUCUGUGACUCAAUGUCAGGGAACAUGUGGAACUUUCUCACUGUACUCUGCUGAAGCUAACUCAAUGCAGCACAAAUGCAGCUGCUGCAGGGAAGAAAAGACAAGCAAGAAGGCAGUCACAAUGGCAUGUCCUGAUGGAAGCAGUCAGACACACUUCUACCUCCACGUGGAAAGUUGUAAAUGUCUCAACACGGAAUGCAAUGAGACAGCCUCAUCGGAACAGACCAGUGUGAAACGUCGCAGGAGGCAGUUGACAAGAAAGUGAAGAAUGGGAAUGGAACUGGCAAAACAGCAGGUUAAAUGGAAAAGGGACACAAAAGUACUACACAUGCUUAUAAUUUCCAUAAAUAAUUCAGCACUUUGCCUUAUUUUUCUUCUUCAUCUGUGUCCUCUUUGACUGUUUUCUAUUGUGCUUGAUUUAUUUAUUUGUAUAGAAAAGUAGGAGAAAUUAUUUUUCUCCCUUAAGUGUAAAGAGAAUAAGGAUUUUUAUGAGCUGGCACUUUUUAAAUCAGCUACUUUGCUUCAAAUAAUUAAAGAUAUUUCAACAACGUA